GGGAGCUGAUGUUCUUGGCUCCGUGUGAAUAACAAGCGCGCCAUACCUUGCGGGCUGGCUGAGGUUUCGCCGGUGAGAGUAGUAGUGUGCUAGGAUGGCUGCUCUUCUACACCAGCUGUAACCCGUUGUUGACCAGCACAGCUUCCUUACUUAGCGGAUCGCUGGACACGAUAGGUCCACGCUGUUUCAUCCCUUGCACCGACCGUCAUUGGCCAGCUAUCCAGAGACUCGGGUUUAUUUCUUGCAUGUUUUGGUCUUGCAUGGACUGUGCGUGCCUCGCGCAAAGGUUCGGCUGGCAGCUCUUCAAGGGAAUCUUACCUCUGGUUCACUCUUUAGCUUCUAAUCUACGAUUGCCUCGUGCCUCAGUAUAUUACGUCAAGCGCUGGUUGAAACAACCUUACACGGCCCACCUAGAGGCAAGUGGCCGGUUUGUGAAGCUUUCACGGAGUUCUCGCGAGCAGGCCCAUCCUCGCACGCUGUAGGCGGCACCAUAGCCUGUCUUCCAAGGCGUUCGUACAUAUACCCUCGUCGAUCAUCGGCCAAGUUUAAGCGACUUUUACUGGGUCUCUAUCAACACAAGCCGGAAGCAAAAAGUUGCAUUGUCCGCUAUACCUGGAGAAAAAAGAGUGUCUUGUGAUACGCUACGAGGUGAAGACGCGCAACUCACACCCACGCCAAAGUCCAGCCUAACUGUUACGGCCUGCUGAGAAGAACUGCUGGCCAUCACACUCCAGGACCAGGGCAAUUGCGCUUACAGACCAAGGCCGCAUUGAGACGGUAGAAGGCAUAGGCCCUGCUGGAGUGGAUGAGUGUACAGACGUACAAUACUACGGGCACCGAUACAACUGGACGGCAUCACAUUGUCGACUGUGCCUUUCGAGAGCGCUCGUGAGCAGACCAAACGCUCGAACGCUCGACAUCACUCGUUCCGCUGGACCAGCUCUCGUACCAUAAAACUACAAGCUGGCCUUGACGCCAGCGAAGGUCGCAACGGUGGAUAUCUCAUCGUUAUUGGAGCGGCCCACAGCAGCUUCGUCUCCAGGCAGUGCGAGCAACAGCUCCAAGACAUCGACAAGCAGCAGAACCAGAGACGAUACUGCAGGCCCAGCUCAUUUUGCAACGAGCACGAGUGCAACGACUGCGGCACCCCAUCCGGUGCCACAUUUUGAGUACCAUCAAGCAUCUCACAACUAUCCGCCGAUGCAGACCAUGCAUCAUUCGCUGCAGAAACACCCUCCAGGGCCAUCUCAUUACCACACAAUGACUCCAUACGCGCCCUACCCACCGCCCUCUAUGCCCGAUCCACGGGUGGGCCUAUCUAUACCGAUCUCACAGGUCGCAGGGCCAACCAACAAGCGCCUUGCACCUCCUCAGCCUCAUCCUGCUGAGCCACCCGCUAAAAAGAAGCAAUCGAAAUGGACUGCCGACGAGGAUAGGUCGAUCAUCGAGCUGCGAGGGAAUGGUAUGAAGUGGGAAGACAUCUCGAAGCAUCUACCCGGGCGGAGUGCGAUCAGCUGUCGGCUGCGCUUCCAGAAUUAUCUCGAACGACGAUCGGAGUGGGACGAAGAGAAGAAGAACAAGCUUGCUCGACUGUAUGAGAGAUUCAAGAAAGACAUGUGGGAGAAGAUCUCGAAAGAGAUGCAACUGCCAUGGAGAGCGGCCGAGGCGAUGCACUGGCAAAUCGGCGAAGUCGAGAUGGCGCAACGAGCCAACGUACCCGUAUUCCACCUGGCAGGACAGCAAGGCUCAGCGACGGGACAAGCUGGACCUGGAUCGGAGGGCCGCGCAAGCACGUCGCCCUCGUCUGGCAACGGUGCAGCGCUUCCAGGAGGAAUGGGAUACUCGCACACUCACAACCACUCUCUGCCUCAUAUCCCACAGCCACUCUCAUAUCCCGUCUCUCCGGUGCAGGCCAGGUUUCGACGUAACAGUGAUGACACCUCGCCUCACGGAUCACUGCGACAUCGAGCCGAUAGCGCACGGUCAGUGCCCAGCUCGGCAGCAGCGAUGAGCAGAGCACCACUACCACCGCUCAACAGCGUGUCCGGUGCGCCCACGGCCAUGACGCCCCUACGAUACACGUUGCCUCCCGUUUCGACAACGUCCGAGAGUCUCCGCCGAUGACGAUGAAGAUGAUGACAACGAUGAUUUCCUUUGUAUCAGCAGCAUUUGCAUAGCGCGGCUUUUCGGAUUGCUUCUUGACGCAGGUUAUUUGCAGAUCAGCGUUGCAAUGGUAUGAGCUCACGAACGACUUGACGCCCUCUCGAUGCGACGCUAUAGACAUCCGACCAUUGACAUGGAAACGGUAGAUCACCACGGUCUUACCACGCUCACGACAACGACCACGACAACGAAACGUUAUUGUACAGUAG